CACAACAUGAAGACUUCCCUGCAGGCCGUGGCACUCUGGGGUAAGAAGGCCCCUCCUCACAGUAUCACUGCCAUCAUGAUCACAGAUGACCAGCAAACCAUUGUGACUGGAAGUCAAGAGGGUCAGCUCUGUCUCUGGAAUCUCUCAUCUGAAUUAAAGAUUUCUGCUAAAGAACUCCUGUUUGGUCACUCGGCUUCAGUAACGUGUUUGGCAAGAGCUAGGGACUUCUCGAAACAGCCUUAUGUUGUUAGUGCUGCUGAAAACGGGGAGAUGUGUGUUUGGAAUGUCACCAAUGGGCAGUGCGUGGAGAAGGCCACCCUUCCAUACAGGCACACUGCAAUCUGUUAUUACCACUGCUCAUUCCGGAUGACAGGAGAAGGCUGGCUUCUGUGUUGUGGCGAGUAUCGAGAUGUCCUCAUAAUUGAUGCCAAAACUCUGGCUAUUGUCCACUCUUUCACAUCAUCCCAGUCUCCCGACUGGGUCAACUGCAUGUGCAUUGUUCACUCCGUGAGAAUUCAAGAAGAUUCUCUCUUGGCGGUAACAGUAGCUGGUGAGCUCAAAGUGUGGGAUCUCUCCUCGUCUAUCAACAGCAUUCAGGAAAAGCAAGAUGUCUACGAAAAAGAAUCCAAGUUUCUCAACUCCAUGAACUGCCAGACAAUACGAUUCUGCACAUAUACAGAGAGACUUCUUUUGGUGGUGUUUUCUAAAUGUUGGAAGGUUUAUGAUUAUUGUGAUUUUUCCCUUCUGCUAACUGAAGUUAGUAGAAACGGGCAGUUUUUUGCGGGUGGAGAGGUGCUUGCUGCUCACAGAAUCCUCAUUUGGACAGAAGAUGGUCACAGUUAUAUCUAUCAGCUGCUGAACAGGUGGGCUCAGAUGGGAGCGGCAUACAAAACAUUCAGUGGGCUUUCAAAAAGCAUAUACCCUGCUGAUGGAGGAGUGCUUAAAGAGACCAUUUAUCCUCAUUUACUGUGCUCUACUUCUGUGCAGGAAAAUAAGAGCCGUCCCUUUGUUAUGGGCUACAUGAAUGAAAGGAAAGAGCCUUUCUAUAAGGUACUGUUCUCUGGAGAAGUCUCAGGAAGAAUUACUUUGUGGCACAUCCCCGAUGUUCCUGUAUCUAAGUUCGAUGGUUCUCCUAAAGAAAUACCAAUCACUACCACCUGGGCCCUUCAAGAUAACUUUGAUAAGCACCACAUUGUGUCACAAAGUCUUACUGACCAUUUCUCCAAGUUCAGAGAUGGGGCAGGCACUGCCGUGGUCACUUCAUCAGAGUAUGUCCCAAGUCUUGAUAAACUCAUAUGUGGCUGUGAAGAUGGGACGAUUUUUAUUACACAGGCUUUGAAUGCUGCCAAAGCAGGACUUCUAGAAGGCGGUUCCUUAUUAAAAGAUUUCCCACCUCACAAAGUUCUUCAAGGCCAUCACCAAAGUGUUACUUCAUUGCUUUACCCACAUGGUCUCUCUUCGAAGGUAGACCAAAGUUGGAUGGUCUCUGGGGAUCGAGAGUCAUGUGUCAUCUUGUGGAAUAUUUUUACUGAAGAAAUUUUGCAUAAAUUCUUUUUGGAAGCUGGUCCAGUAACAAGUCUUUUGAUGUCACCAGAGAACAACAGACUAAGAGGCGAUCAGGUGGUUUGCUGUGUGUGCAGUGACCACUCCGUGACUCUCCUUCACCUUGAGGCAAAGAGGUGCCUUCUGCGUGCUCGGAAGCACCUUUUCCCUGUGAGGAUGAUCAAAUGGCACCCAGUUGAGAACUUUUUGAUUGUUGGGUGUGCAGAUGACUCUGUCUACAUCUGGGAAAUUGAAACAGGCACUUUGGAAAGACAUGAGACAGGAGAAAGAGCAAGAAUUAUUCUUAAUUGUUGUGAUGAUUCACAGCUUCCAAAGCCUGACUCUGUAGUUCCAGUUGCUUCAGAGACACAUAAGCACAAAAGCCUAGAACAGAAAUCCUCCAGCUCCUACCAGCUUGGGCCAGUUCCUUGUCCUGGUCUGCAGAUGGAGUCUUCAUGUAAGGUUGCUGAUUCAAAGUUUUUCCCAAGACCUUUUAGUGUCUUGCCCAUGAAGACAAAUUGGAGUAACAUUGGCUUUCAUGUUCUCCUAUUUGAUCUGGAAAACCUUGUUGACCUUCUGCUGCCAACUCCAAUCCAUGAUGCUGACCCUUCCAACUCAUUCUAUGGUAGUGAAAUCCUGAGAAGAGCCAAGAGCACAGUGGAGAAGAAGACACUAACACUGAAAAGAAAUAAAACUGCCUGUGGUCCUCUUUCAGCCGAAGCACAAGCCAAUCCUUUUAGCGAAAGCCCAACCCAAGGAGAUAAUACCGACAAGUUCUUAGAAGAAAAUGAUGGCAUGAAACGGCAAAAGAAAAUGAAGAGUUCCAAAAAGAUGCAUACUAACCUAUCAAGAAGAGUUGACGCUGACCUCACAAUAGAUACUGCUAAAUUGUUUCUGUCUUGCCUUCUGCCAUGGGGAGUGGAUAAAGAAUUAGAUAAUCUUUGCAUCAAGCAUCUCAAUAUUUUAAAGCUUCAGGGUCCUGUUUCUUUAGGACUUGCUUCAAAUGAAGAUCACUUCUCACUGAUGCUCCCAGGUUGGGAUUUAUGCAAUACUGACAUGAAGAAAGACUACUCAAAAGUAAAUUUAUUUUCCAGGAAAGUUUUAGACUUGUCCAAUAAGUACAUAGCUAAACUUUCAAACCAAGUUGGAAUACCAAGACAACUGGAAAAUAAUUGUGAUUCUUUGCAAGUGUCAAAUACUAUAGUUUACUUAUUGAAUAGACUGUUUAUAGUUAGUAAGUUAGUUAACAUGCCUUUAGAAUUGGCCUGUGGAAUUGACAGUAGUUCCUUCAAAAUGGAAUCUAUGCAUAACAAGGUGAAAAUUCCUGGGAAUGAUAUUUUGAAUAUUUCAAGCUUCUACAGUUACUUACGAAAUGGUAAGAAUGAAUCCCGUAUACCUGAAGCUGACCUUUCACUUUUGAAACUAAUUUCCUGCUGGAGAGACCAGUCUGUACAGGUAACUGAAGCAAUACAAGCUGUUCUCUUGGCGGAAGUUCAACAACAUGUGAAGGAUUUGAGAAGGACACCCAUCAACGGUCAGCCAGUGUCCAUGAUAGAGAAUGAUAAUUGUGAGAUUUCAGAGAUCCUGCCAAAGAUGGAAUGGGCUGAGGAACUCGAGUUACAGCAUAUUAGAAACUCAUUGCCUCUCCAAACUCCAGUCAGUCCGGCCAAGCAUGACAGCACCUCAAACUCGGCAAACUUCCAAGACAUUGAGGACAUGCCUGACAGAUGCGUCUUGGACGAGUCUGAGAGUCCAGGUGAGCCAAGACAUCAUUCAUGGAUCGUAAAGGUGUGCUCCUGCAAGGUGUGCUAAAUGGAAUCGCAUCUGGAAGAAUUAGGAUCGGACAAAUUAAGACACCCAAAGCAUGCCUUUCGUUUAUCAUUGUAUAAAAGUAAUGUUGUUAUUAUUCAAAUUAUUAGAGUGGUUUUGCUAAUACUUUAGAGUGUAUUGAAAAUAUAAUUGCUGACUGAAGAUUCCCACAGUUAUCUAACAAUAGUAUAUCAUAGUCUAGAUCAUUCUAGAAUGCCAGUGCACAGAUACAAAUUUAACAGUGCUUUAGAUUGUCUUAUCUUUUCAUUCCCUGAAUUAUAGAAUAAGCAACAUUAAAGCCAAUGUAACACACAGUACUUUUAAACUUCAUGUUGUUUAAUGUAUUUAGUAUAAAAACUUUACCAGAUUUGAUUUGUUAGGUUAAGACAUUUGUUUUAGUAGUUGCUUUAAUUCAGAUGUAUCACUGUAGUAAAUCUCAUUCCAAAACAUGAAAUGUUUUCCACCAUAACCAUUUCUACUUAGUCAUCAGUUAGCCCAGGUAACUCAUAUACACAGUGUAGCAAUAACUACCCUUGCACAGUUUGGUUACUUGGGUUUUCUAAUAGCCUGGACACUGAUGUCUUAGCCAAAGGUUCACCUUGCAGGCCAUAUAUAUAUAUAUGUAGGAUAGAGAAGGCAAACAGACUAAUAGCAUAGCUAUCACAGCUGGUCCUUACUAACUAUAAACACAUGUAGUUCUCUUCCCAGAAGGAAGCCCAACUAGCGGAAAUUCUACAUCAAACACCUACAGAACAGUAGGAACAGAUGUAAAGUGGUUGUCUCUUAAGACCUAUAGUGAGCUGAUUUAUUUGCUGUGAUUUAUAAUGCAAGAUUCCUUGAUUUAUAAAAAAUCAUAAAAAAAUUUAAUAUACAAAUAUUUC